UAUGAAAAUAUCAAAAAACCUGCAGUCUUUAUUUGAUAUAUUUUUUGAUAAUUAAUUAAUAUUGAUCAAUGGGUAUACAGAUAACACCUAGGACUGAAUCAAAUUAUAUUUUUUUAUCUUGAUAGGACAAUGCAUAUUUUAUUAGUAGUACGUUUACAUUAGAUAUUAUGUUCCUAUGUACGUACCUAAGUUUGUAAUUUUAAUUGAAUUAUGGUACCUAGUGGACACUGAGGUUGAAUGUGUUCCAGGUACCACAGAGGUGUAUCGUUAGUCCGAGGCAAACAAAGAACUGGCGUCAAAAGAAAGGUAUCAGCACGCUACACCGAAGUGCAACCUGACUUCAUCGAAAAUGUAAUCAAAUACGAGGAGGAAGCCGUAAACUCGGGGUCUCGUAUCGUGUCGGGAUGGGAGGCAGUGCCUGGCCAGCACCCACACCAUGCUGCUCUUCGAAUGGUAGACCCUACUGGUAGUGUAGGUGGCUGCGGAGGAUCAUUCGCGUCCAAGGAAUGGGUCAUCACCGCUGCUCAUUGUACUGCUGGUCGUGUUACAAUAGUAGUCCGCGGAGGUGUUGUCUCCCUUACCGACCCGGAGUACAUCCACGAGACGACUGAAUACUACAACCACCCGCUGUACGACAACAACCGACCAACUGUUGUACAACCCCAUGAUAUCGGUCUUGUCAAGCUCCAGAGCCCUGUCACAUAUUCCUUCCGUCUGCAACGUAUCCGCAUUCAACCGAGAGCUGACGCGUAUCGCAACUAUGAAGGAGCAGUAGUCUACGCCAGUGGACACGGCAGGACAUGGACUGGAGGCGCCGUCACCGAGGUUUUGCGAUGGGUGUACCUGACCGCGAUCUCGAACCAGGCCUGUGGCAGCACAUUCACAAGUGGCAUCAUUAUUGAGACCUCUAUCUGCGCACGAUUCUUCAACGUCACCUCUCAGUCAACAUGUCAGGGAGACAGCGGUGGUCCACUUGUCCAUGUUGGUUCUGACAGUGUUCCGACUCUUAUCGGUGUGACCUCCUUCGUAGCUGGUGGAAACUUCGGUUGUCACUCUGGUCUUCCCGCUGGUUUCAUUCGUCCGGGGCCGUAUCUUGAUUGGUUUGAACAAGUUACUGGCAUUGAUUUUGAAAAUCUAGUUGAAGAUGAGCCCACAACUCCUGCCCCUAGUCCUACAACUCCUCGCCCAACAGAGACGGUGCCUAUAACUACACCUGAAAUUGACUACAAUACAACUCCCGAUUACCGUCCUAGCCCUACAAUUCCUGCCCCUAGUCCUACAACUCCUAGCCCAACAGAGACGGUGCCUAUAACUACACCUGAACCAGAUCGCCCUACUUCUACUUUCCCUGAUUCAAAACCUACAAGUUCUAUCCCUGAUGUUACCACCUUUGCACCUGUUCAGCCGACUACUGAAGACUAUCAUAUAACAACUCCCAAUGACGAAGAAGGCUCUGGCGGAGACGGCGGUGAUGAUUCUGACUGUUCCGAUUCUAACGAAGAUGAUGAAAUGUCAGAACUUCUUAAACGUCUCGAAGUUAAAGUUAAAGUCAAGGUCAGGUUCGACAAAUACAAACACAAGGAAGAGAAAGAAAAAGUUACAGAAAUUAAAAAACAUCAUUAAUUAAAUGAAUAAAAUGUAAGCCUUAAAGUUUUGAAGCAAUGCAAUGUAUCAAAGACAAAAUAAUUUUUACUGAAGUUAUUUAUUACCAUUACGAAAUGAAGUAAAUCCAAUUUAAUAUAGAAAAA